GGUCCGUACACUAACACAAAUGUAAACAAAACAGAAUCUGCAUAUGUGACUCGACCACAGCAAAGAACUUCAAACCCAUCAUCACUCGGCAAUAACCAGCUAUCACAACUAUAAAAAUUUUUGCUAUUUGGGAGCCGGUCGGCCGAGCGGACAGCACACUGGACUUGUGAUCCUGUGGUCCCGGGUUCAAUCCCGGGCGCCGGUACACCAUGAAUAACAUACGAAGCAAAGUGCUUGGUUCACUAAUUAGUGCAAAACCAGCGUUUAGUUUAUGGACACAAAAUACGAGAACACGAAACUUAACAAAUAUAGGCUAUAUACAGAAUUCAGUGGUGUUAAAUACAAAUGUAUUCAAUCGAAACAAUGUUUUUAUGGGUAAUAGCCUGCUUGUUCAGAAUAUUUGUUGUGUAAAUGAAUGUAAAUACUAUAGCAAAAAUGAAAAUAAUUGCUCAGUGAGUUCAACUCUAAAGAACAAUGAUGCAAGCAUAGUCAUAACAAAUAACGAUGCUCGUACACUCAUGAUUCAAGAUGAUGUGUGUGAUUCUCUGGCAUCUGGGCAAGAGGGCAGCUUACCCAUGAGUAGUGAAGAAGGUAACUGGUCCUCGGAAAUGAAAUGGAUAAUGAGCCAAGAAACCAAGGAUGUUCUUUGCCCCCCUAAAGACCUCUCAGAUAUUGAUGGUUUAACUCCAGAUGUGAGGCCGUCAUUCAACUUUGCUGCAUAUGUGAACAAAUCCCACAUGCUACAAGAAAUGGUAAAACUUGGGGUGGACCUCAGUAAGUGGGAAAAGUGCAAGGGCAUUGGCUCAUUCAUCCUCAGGUUGGAAUUUGAGAGGGAUAUGAAGCAACAUAUAGUGUUUUUGCAUGAUGUGGGUGUUGCAGCAGAAGAUCUUGGCCAAUGGCUGUCUAUUAACCCAAUGAUAUUUAAAGAAACAUUAGAUGAUCUUCAUGCUCGUUUGAACUAUCUCCAUUUAAUGAACUUUACUCAAAAUCAGAUUACUCGAAUCAUAUCCAGGAACCCUUACUGGCUACUCUUCAGUAAUAUAAGAAUAGACAACCGUCUGGGGUACUUUCAAAAAUCCUUUGAUUUGACUGGUGCUGAAGUGAGGUCACUGGCGGCCAAGCAGCCAAAAUUAAUCACACUUAACUUAUACAAUGUUCAGCGUACAUCUUUCGCUGUUGUAGAAGAGAUGGGAUUUACAGCGACAGAAAUGAAGAGCCUGCUGUUAACAAAACCAAAAUUGUGGAUGGCACAUGGUGUGUCAUUGUUAAGAAGAUUCAAUUUUGCCCAUAAUGAAAUGGGUUUGUCUCAUUCCCAGCUUGUCCAGUUUCCGCAUGUUCUUCUGUCGAGAGAGUUCAGGCUAAAGCAGCGGCACGAGUAUUUGAAGACAAUUGGACGAAACCAAUAUAACCCUUUGCAGCCAAAUUAUGUCUCUCCCUCGGCUUUAGUUGCCGGCGAUGAUGCAGAAUUUUGUAAUACUAUUGCUAAGACAUCGGUUCAGGAUUUUAAUGAUUUUUUGAAAACAAUGUAAAAUUAUGCUAUAUGAAUGCAUUAUUGAAGAUUAUGAGAACAGGGUCUUUUAGUAUAGUUAUAGUAUAUGUUUUGUUCAGCUUGAGUUUAUAUAAUGUGUAAACUUUGUAAAAUAGUAAAGAAUUGGGCACUUUGCAGUUUUACAAACUAUUGUUUAAAUGAAUAAAAUAAAAUGUUGCCAUUG